AUGGAUUAUAUGUUUCCUUCAAGAAACACUGAGACCUUGUUGGUGAGUUCAGACAAGCUAACCAACCAUGAAAAUGUCAAUUCAAGCCAUGAAGAAGAGCCUCCUUUGUUCUUGCAGUUCCCUUCACCUUUUCUUGACAUGGAUACCACUACAAUACUCCCAAACCUCCACCAGCAGCAUCACCUCUCCACCCAUGGAUGCAGAACCACCACCGUCAGCUCCCUGAACAAGCCUAUGAAACUCAGCAACGCCACCUCCAACCCUUUAGCUUUGGCUUCUAAAGGGAAAUGUGUAAGGAAGAGAAGAAGUGUGGGUAAGAAAGAUAGGCACAGCAAAAUUCAUACAGCUCAAGGCCUUAGAGACAGGAGAAUGAGGUUAUCUGUUCAUACGGCUCGUAAGUUUUUUGAUCUCAAUGAUCUGUUAGGAUUCGACAAAGCAAGUAAAACCAUUGAGUGGCUCUUUUCCAAGUCCAAGAAGGCCAUCGAAGAAGUCACUGAAAGCUUUCAAUCAGAUGAUGCUGCUCAAGCUGCAGUCUGCGGUGAGACUAUUGAGAGCGAAUCGCCUUUGUCUGCCUGUGAAAAUGAAUCAGUGAACGAUAUCAUAACUGCUACGGACAAAGGUGAAAACUUGGAGCUCCAGAGUGAUCAGAUCAGGGAUACGAACUCAAGAAAGUGGAUGGAAAUUUAUCCAUCGGUGAGGGAGUCGAAGGGUAAGGCUAGAGAGGAAUCAAGGGAGAGAAUGGUGAUCAAGCAUCUUGAGAAACCAAAGCAGUUGUUUGAGGCAGAUCCUGAAGUUCAUCUCAACCAACCCCAAUUAGGGUUUUCGGAAAAUCCUGAUAAUCAUAAUAUAGAAGAAUCACCAUGUUUUCCUCUUGAAUAUUCAAACACCUAUCACUUUCUUAAGCAACUUCACUUGGAUAACACUGUGAGCAAAACCAAUACUUAUUUGGGGAACAUCACUUCCAUCUCAUCCACAAAUUGCUCCAUGUUUGAUCAUUACAACAAAAACAUUGCCGAACCACCAGCUGGUUGGUUAAAUUCCAGAAAUACAUUCUUGGGGUUCCUUGGAGGCUGGGAUUCGGGGAGUUCUAGAAUGGAAUCCGGCAAUCCGCUGACUGUGCCAAACAUUGCACCAUUGAAAGGUAGUACUAAUGGGGAGAACCCUAACUCAAGUAUAAUUUCCUCCGAUUUUGUAAAUUUCCAUUCUCAAAACCAAGGACAGUAA